AUGUACUCAUCCACAUCAAUCACCAACUACUUCUCAUCCAUUCUCAACAGAACCACAACUACAGCAACCACAAAUGACUCAUCAAAAGCACAACAACAACAACAUGACUCGACACCCAUUCCUAAAUCAUUCAUCAUAAGCACACCAGAAGAGAAAAUCAUCCGUAUUAAUAUGAAGAGUGUUAAACUUAAACCAGAAGAAUCAAAGGCAAAGGGUAAAGCCACAGGAGGUAACGGAAAAGACAAGGACGGAGAUGGUGCGGAAGUUGAUGCUGAAGAUGAGGACUUUAUAUCCAUCAACAAACGACAAUUAACUUAUGCUGAAGUAGCAUCCAUUGCUGUCAAACUGGGCAAAAAGUAA